UGGGGAUUUGGUGCCGGGAGGAGGAACAGGGGAAACCGCCUCAUCCCGAUACUCUCCUGUCCGCAGAAAGCGCGCUCCCGCGUCGCCUACAAACUGCCGGGCGCGUGCGCGUGUGAUCUGUCACACCUGAGGCGGACAGGUAGCGAAGCGGGUUUUUCUGGGCGUGGGGAAGCACGCAGGAAGAAGCUCGCCCACUAGUUCUUUCUUUUUUGGAGGAGGGGGGGAUAUUUGCCGGAGUGAAAACUUGGGGCUGCCGGAGCGGCGCGUUCACGCCGGGAUGUUACGUUCGGGAACUUUUUGCUUUUUCGUGAAGGACCGUUGACACACUUUUUAUUUCCCAACUUUUUGUACAUUUUGGGGGAAAUACAGACAGAAAAACUCGGCAAGAGGGAAAGCAUCGGCGCACCCGGAGGAGAGCAAGGUGGUCGAUGACAUCAGAGAUCCGCGGCCUGAACGCUGAUCAGACACGAUGGAGUGGGCGUGGCAGCUGGCCCUCGUCGCCCUGGCAACCGCUUGCGCGGCCCCCUGCCACGCUAAGAACAAAGAGUUCCCCUCCGACACGCUGAUCAACAACGUGGUGACGGACCCCCGCUCGGGCCGCCUGUACGUGGGCGCCGUCAACCGCCUCUACCAGCUGAGCGCCGACCUGCAGGUGGAGUCCCGCACGGAGACGGGCCCCAAGAGGGACAACAAGCAGUGCACGCCGCCCGUCACGGACGCCUGCGAGGAGGCCGUGGACACCGACAACCACAACAAGCUGCUGCUGGUGCAGGAGGCCACGGACGUGCUGGUGGUCUGCGGCAGCGUCUUCCGGGGCAUCUGCUCGCUGAGGAACCUGAGCGCCGCCGAGCAGCUGCUGUACUUCAGCGACAGCAAAGGGGAGAAGUCGUACGUGGCGACCGCCGAGGAGGGCGUCUCCGUGGUGGGGGUGACGUCCUACUUCACCAAGGAGACCAAGAACUUCACCGUCUUCCUGGUCGGCAAAGGCUACGGCAGCCACGACAGCACCAAGCUCAUCUCCACCCGCAUCCUCCAGGACUACGGCGACUGGGUGGUGUUCGACAGCAUCAUCGAGGCCUCGGCGGUGCAGGCCAACCCCUUCGUCCUGCGCUACCUCCACGACUUCCGCUUCGCCUUCAAGGACGGCGGCUUCGUGUACUUCCUGUUCUCGCGGACGCUCGGCGUCCAGGACACCAAGAACUUCACCUUCGUGUCCAGGAUGUGCGAGGACGACCAGGGUUACUACUCGUACACGGAGCUGCAGCUCAACUGCAGCAGCACCAACAAGUACAACAAAGCUCAGGCCGCCUACGUGGCGACGCCGGGCGAGGUUCUGGCUCGGAACAUGACCGAGUCGGGCCGGUACGGAUCGGUGUCGGCCUCCGACAAGGUGCUGUUCGUCACCUUCACUUCUGAUGAAGACCCGUCCCGUCAGCCCUGCAUGUACCCUCUCGUCUCCAUCAACGAGAGGCUGGUGAGGAUCAUAAAAGCCUGUUACAGCGACGAGGGCAACAUCAACGAGAAGUCCGCCGUCUACUCGCCGUACUCCUCCAAGUCCGAGGAGCUGUGCAAGAACAAGAACCCCAACAACAUGGCCAUCAACAACAGGUGUGGAGCCGAGUACCUGCCCUCGCCGCUGGCCAGCAAGGCCGAGUUCGCCCUCACCGCCGAGCCCCUGUUGGCCCGCGAGGGCCACAUGACCGCCGUGGCCGUGGCGGUGGAGAACGGGCACGCGGUGGCGUUCCUGGGCACCGCCAACGGAGAGGUCUUGAAGGUGCACCUGUCGGGCCACGCGGAGGUGUACGGGCAGGCGCAGGGCGACGUCACGGGAGAAAAGGUCAACAAGAACCUGCUGUUCGAUCCCCGCCUGCAGCACCUGUACGUCACCACGGAGAAGAAGAUCACCAAGGUUCCCGUCCAGGCCUGCCACCUGAAGACGGACUGCGAGUCCUGCGUCUCCAUGAAGGAUCCGUACUGUGGCUGGUGUGUCCUCGAGGGAAAGUGCACCAAGAAGACGGAGUGCCGCAGGGGGGGGGAGGAGAAGAUCUGGCUGUGGUCGCCCAAUCAGCAGUGUGUUCAGAUCGAAUCCUUCCAACCGCCGAACCUGAGCUGCAAGGAGACGCGGCAGGUGGAUAUAAACAUACCUGCCCUGCCGGCCCUGAAUAGCUUGGACCAGCUGCAGUGUGAGUUUGGUUCCUUCAUCAGCGAGGCCGUGAUGGUCAUCGCCGACAGCCAGGUACGGGUCACCUGCUCGCUGCCGGACCCCGUGGAGAUCCCCCCAACGCCAGACCAGCAGGACUAUGUGUCCGUCCCCGUCACGGUCCUGGUGAACAACAUCAAGGUGACGUCUGGACAGUACCACUUCUACAACUGUGCUGCCACGGUCAGAAAGAACCCAAACUCACCGUGCAUAGCGUGUGUGACCAGUGAAUGGGGCUGUCAGUGGAACGCCCAGGAUUACAGCUGCAGCGACAAGGACGAUGCUGCAGGUGGAAAACACAUCAUCAAACCACAGCAGGCCGGCAGCUGUCCUCAGUUCGAGUCUCUGGAGCCGCCACUGAUCCCCGUUGGGUUUCAGGUCCCCAUCAGCUUCCAGGGAAGGAACCUGGACAUCUACACGGAACAUAGCUUCUCCAUCGGGACGGAGCUGAUGAAGGACACGGAGGCAGCGGUGACGCGGGAGCAAGGGUCAAAGUUCAAAUUCACAGGCUAUGAGUUUUCCUUUGACAAGCAGCAGGAGGUGAACAUAUCUUUCCAUAUCAAAGAAAGAGAGACUCUGAGAAAGAUUGACAGCACCCUGACAGUGGUGCUGUAUAACUGCUCGGUGGGAAGGGAGGACUGCAGUCUGUGCCAACACGCCGAUGCGGCGUACCGGUGCGUCUGGUGCUCCGCGACUCGCCGCUGCGUUUACCGGGAGCGGUGCCCGGGGCCCGAGGCGGCGCAGUGCCCCCCCCCGCAGAUCACGGACAUCGUCCCUCGCUUCGGGCCCCCGAACGGUCAGAUCUCCGUCACCAUCAAAGGCUCCAACAUGGGCAUCAAGAGGGAAGACGUCAAGAAGAUCACCGUGGCCGGCGUGGAAUGUGUCCACCAGGCGGACCGGUACUCCGUCUCCACCAGCGUGGUGUGCGAGAUCGGGCCGGCGAGUCGCAUGGACGUCCCCAUGCGUGGAGCGGUGGAGGUGGAGCUGGAGGGGGGACGGAAGGGGACGUCUCAGGUGAUCUUCACCUAUCGGGACCCCAAGCCGCUGGCAGUCGUCCCAUCGAGGGGUCCGGCCGGCGGCGGCACGCUGAUCACCGUCCAGGGGGAAAACCUGGACACCGGCACCAGGGACGACGUCUCCGUCGCCGUGGGGGGGGUCCCCUGCGAAAUCGUGGCAUUCGGCGAGCAGAUCACCUGCAGGACGGGGAGGUUCCGCGGGACGAAGGUUCCCUCCGAGCUGCUGCCGGUGACGGUGCUCUACGGCAAGAACACCACCAAGGAGGUGGGGGCCGCGUUCCAGUACUUGGAAGACCCCAAGGUCACCAACUUCCUGCCCAAGGACAGCUUCCUGUGCGGCGGGCGCAGGAUCAUGGUGGUGGGGAGCGGCUUCGAUCUCACCCAGAGAGCGAGCCUGAAGGUCGUGCCCCUCGCCAACGAGUUCUCCCACAGCGCCUCACCUGUGGAGUUUGUCCAGGAGGCCCUGAGUAAGAACGAAACCGUCCUGCAGUUCCUCUCCCCCACGGCGGGCGCCGGCGUGGACCCCCAGGCGCUGAGGACCUUCCUGCACCUGGACAACGAGAAGGUGGAGCUGAAGAACUUUGUCUACCACCCGGACCCGUCCUUCAACAAGCUGGACAAGAACGUCAUCACCGAGACCGGCGUCAUCAUCGUCACAGGGCGAGGAUUCGCCAAAGCCAUGACGGCCAAAGAGGCGCAGGCCUUCGUGGGAGACGCCUCGUGUCCCGUCAACAUCCUGCAGGACGAUAAGCUGAUCCUGGACGCUCCGCAGUCGCAGCCCGGGUCCAGACGGCAGCGCCGAGACACAGCGGACAACAUGCUGGAGCUCGUGGUGAAGUUCGGUCACGGCGAGUGGACGGUGGAUUCGGUUUCCUACGCCAGAAAGGACGACAUCCCUCUGGCCACCAUCAUCCCCUCGGUGAUCAUCCCGAUGCUGCUCUUCAUCGCCGUGUCCGUGUACUGCUACAGGAGGAAGAGUCAGCAGGCAGAGCGGGAAUACGGGAAGGUGAAAAACCAGCUGGCGAAUCUGGAGGAAAGUGUUCGAGAUCGCUGCAAGAAAGAGUUCACAGAUCUGAUGAUCGAAAUGGAGGACCACACCAGCGAGCUGAGCGAGGCCCGGAUCCCCUUCCUGGACUACAAGACCUACACGGAUCGCAACUUCUUCCUGCCCUCCAAAGACGGCGCCAACGACGCCAUGAUCACGGGGAAAAUCCAAAUCCCAGAAGCCCGCAAGGCCAUCGUGGCUCAGGCCCUGAACCAGUUCUCCAACCUGCUGAACAGCAAAACCUUCCUGAUCAACUUCAUCCGCACGCUGGAGAGCCGGCCGGACUUCAACGCGCGUUCCCGCGGUUACUUCGCCUCGCUGCUGACGGUGGCGCUGCACGGGAAGCUGGAGUACUACACGGACAUCAUGAGGACGCUGCUGCUGGAGCUGAUGGACGAACACGUGCAGAACAAGAACCCGAAGCUCAUGCUGCGCAGGUCGGAGACGGUGGUGGAGAGGAUGCUCUGUAACUGGAUGUCCAUCUGCAUCUACCAGUUUCUCAGGGACACGGCCGGAGAGCCUCUGUACAAGCUGUUCAGGGCCUUGAAGCACCAGGUGGAGAAAGGCCCCGUGGACGCCAUGCUGAAGAAGGCCAAGUACACCCUGAACGACACGGGGCUGCUGGGGGACGACGUGGAGUACUCCGUCCUGACCCUGCAGGUGUUGGUGCACGGGGAGGGGCCAGAUGUGACUCCGGUGAAGGUGUUGAACUGUGACACCAUCACACAGGUGAAGGAGAAGAUCAUCGAUCAGGUGUACAGGAACCUGCCGUACUCGCAGAGGCCCGUGGUGGAGAGCGUCGCUUUGGAGUGGCGUCCCGGCUCCACGGGGCAGAUCCUGUCCGACAUGGACCUCACGUCCCAACAGGAAGGACGCUGGAAGAGACUCAACACGCUGGCUCAUUACAACGUUCGAGACAACGCCACGCUGGUUCUGUCCAGAGUUCUGCACACGAGGUCCUUCCACCAGCACCAAGACAGCUACGAAGAGAAAAACGCCCUGCUGGAGGAGGACAACACGUACCACCUGGUGCGUCCGGCUGAUGAGAUGGAUUAUGGGAAGUCGAAGCGAGGCAGCAUGAAGGACAAAGCGAUGACCAAAGCCAUCACGGAGAUCUACCUGACCCGGCUGCUGUCCGUCAAGGGCACAUUGCAGCAGUUCGUGGACGACUUCUUCCGCAGCGUGUUGUGUUCGAGCACCGUCGUCCCUCCGGCCGUCAAAUACUUCUUCGACUUCUUGGACGAGCAGGCGGAGAGACACGACAACGUGGACGAGGAGACGCUGCACAUCUGGAAGACCAACAGCUUGCCUCUGAGGUUCUGGGUGACCAUCCUGAGGAACCCUCACUACGUCUUUGACGUCCACGUGACGGAGGUGGUGGACGCGUCGCUGCACGUCAUCUCUCAGACCUUCAUGGACGCCUGCACCAAGACGGAGCACAAGCUCAGCCGGGAGUCGCCUAGCAACAAGCUGCUGUACGCAAGAGAGAUUUCCACCUACAAGAAGAUGGUGGACGAUUACUACAAAGGCAUCCGACAGAUGGUUCCGGUCAGCGACCAGGACAUGAACACUCACCUCGCCGAGGUGUCCAGGCAGCACACAGACAAGCUGAACACGCAGCUGGCGUUACACCAGCUGUACCAGUACGCCAGCAAGUACUACGACGUGAUCAUCCAGUCGCUGGACGAGGACCCGGCCGCCCAGAACAAGCAGCUCACGCUCCGCCUCCAACAGAUCGCCGCCGCCUUGGAGAACAAGGUCACCGACCUCUGACCUUUGACCUUGCGGAGGAGGUCGGGGGGGAGGAGCUAGCGGCUACUGAAUCACAGACUGUGGUUUUCCAUUUAAGGACUCGAGCUCGCGCACUCUACCGAAUGUUUGACCGUGUAAGGACUGAAGUGGGAGGGGCCAGUGGAGCGACAGGAGGCUGUUGACCAUUUAAGGACUGGAGGAGGGAGGGGUUACGGGACUCUAACGAGGGGCUGGGGGGUUGAGUUUGGACAAAUCAAGUGUUGAAAUAUGGUGUAAGCGGACGUGAGGAGGACUUCCACUUCCCCCCCCCCCCCUCCUGCUGGGAUGCGAGACGGCGAGCGCGAUGAGGGACAUCAUAGCGUUCUUUGGCAGCGGUACGCGAGGACGUGGCUUCGGCUUCGCCCCCACAAAUCAAGAUUUAACCUCAAGAUGAAAACAAGCUCCCGCAAGAACGAAGAGUGAUGAGACAUCAGCAAACCUCCCUCAUGUGUCCACUCGGCCUUUUUCCUUUUGCAUUUUUUGGAGGAGUUGUAUUGGAAGUAAAGCUUCUCAGAUCGACCAAUGAAAAGCCGGGCCGGCCAAUCGGGGGCGUCGGCUCGGGCUGAUGGGAACGAAUUCAGGGUACGACUUCAUGAAAUCAAACCACAACGCCGUGAACUUUCCUCACACGUGGUCUCCUAGUAGCCGCUCGCUUACUUCUUCCCGUUAAGUGUUAAUCAGCGUGUAAGAAACCACGACUUCCUGAUCACGUGGUCACUUUUAUGUUAAAGUGUGAUUUUGUUUUUAUAAUCUGUACGACGCCACUUCUGCAAAUACCUUCACGCGUAUGAAGGUGCGUUUGUUUUCUGUACACACGAGUGGAGCCCAAGUGUCCUCUGAAGACUCCAAAAGGUCCUCAAAUAAACCCAAAGUUACGCUGGUGACGUGUUUAAACGCGUUUAAACGUGUUUAAAUGUGUUUAAACACGUUUGAAUGCACUUCUGAUGAGUCGAGUAAACUCGUCCAGUGAAGCGCUUUCUGCUUCUGAGGUACGAACAUCGGAAACUUCAUUCUGUGGAAGAUUCGAAAUGAUAAAACGAGGCCGUCAGCUAAAGCUAAACCACUAUAAGUUGCCUUUAUUUAGUGAAUUCAUUGUUUUUCCAUUUUGACAUGAAUCGAAAUCUAGUCGCACAUAAAUCCUCUAAAAGUGUUCUGAUCAGUUUCUCACAUUGUAACGUUUGAAUGCUGUUUGAAUACAUGCACCGUGAAAACAAUUGAGUUUUAUCUUUAUUGUGUUAACUAGUUUGCUGCUGUUUUAAAUCCUCAUGAUGCACACAGAAAAGCCUCGAGUAGACUCUGGUGGUCUCCUGGAGGUCUCCUGAAGGUCUCCUGAUGGUCUCCUCCUCUGCACAUUAAAUGCUUCAUGAUGCUCAUGAACACGUCUAACUACAAAGUGCAGCUUUGACUUCCUGUCCUGAUGAAACCUGCACAAACAUGUCAAGGAGACUUUAAAUAACCAAAAGCAGAGCUAUGAAGAAUCUACAAAAUCUCUGAAGUUCAAACAAAGUAAUUGAUCACUGAGAAGGUUCAACGUCCCUCUUUGCCUUCUGAGCCCAGACGUGCUUCAUGUUCUGCUCGGGUUCGAAUCAAAGCGGCAGCGUGCAGUGAUUAUUCUGACAUUAGAGCUGCGAAUCUGUUAAAUAUGAGACAUUUGAUUCAAAUAUAUAUCUUUAUACGUGUUCCUCCACCGAGUGCCUUAACGAGUCCGUCUGCACUUCAGAGUGCAAAUACGUCAUCUCCUCUUUAAUUAUCGACCACAACUUCAAAAAAUCCAAACCCACUAGAUUCAAUCAUGACUUGAAGCAUAAAAACAACAGAAACGCAACUAAUAAAUGACAUAAAUCUAAACUCAGCAGCACAAAUGAGCAGGUCUAACUUAAGACGGGUUUUACUCCACAAAAUAUUAUUAGAGUUCAGCAGACAAAUCUGACCUAAAACUACUUACAUUUGUAUUCCACUUCAUUAACACAAAAUACCUCAAAUUGGCGCUCUCCUGUAAUUUAAAUUAAUCACUCAUCAAAAGAUGGAAAGUGUUGCUGAACCGUCUGCUUAGCCUGUUUUGUAAUUCAGAGCUGGUCACAAUGUGGUUAGCCUAGCUUAGCAUGAAGACGGGAAGCGUCUUCAUGCUAAGCUAGCUCAAUAUUCAGACAUUAACUCAUUAAACGUAUGUUUGGCUAACAGUUAGCUUCUCCUAUUUAAGGCACAGACCUGUGAUUGUUAGCAGGAUUUCAACGUAUCGCUAGCUAACCAUUAGCCAACAGUUGGCAGCCACGGUUGUUGAAUGUUGAGUCGUUAUCUUAGUUUUCAGUUUCAUUUUUAUCGUUCUUUUCUAUUCCGGUAAUCGCAGGAACGUUUGAGCGACAGACGCUGGUGGAAAUGAGGCGGCCGGCGGGAACGAUUCUGCUCACUCAGUAACGUGACCUUAUUUUCUCUGAAUCUGUUGAUAGAAAUGCAGAUUGAUACAUUUUUAUUUAGGGUUAAAUCUGUUGUCUUCAAACUUCAACUUUUUAAAGUUUCAGUUGGCUGCAAUCUUCGCCACUAGAAGGCGCCAAAGUGUUAAAAAGAGACGUUUUUAAACUCGUCGGAUCCUUUUAGUGCCGGCGGGGAUUUCAAUGACUAAUGUGUCCAGAUUUUGGAGGAUUUAUCUUAAAUUUAAUUCAAACUUGUACUGAAUUGUGAAUGGCGGAUGUUUCUUUUAUUUUGGGUACAGAGGUAAACAGGAAACUAACUGAAAUGAAGCUUUUAGAGGCGCAAAGUAAAACGAAUUUUGAGAGGUUUUGAAUGUUAAAACUAUAAAUUGGAGCCUCUGAUAUCAUGAGGGUUAAAUGUGUUCAUGCCGUUGUGUAACGUUGGGUUUGUUCUAGUAAUCGUCGUAGGAAGCUUGUGUCUUCUGUUGUUUCUGAACUGGAUCAAGUGUGGACUUUAGAAACGGCUCAACCAGGAACCUACUGGUCUUUACUGGUCUGGACCCCAAAUCGGUAACUCUUGUGAGGAAGUGGACAAAAUAAUAAAUGAAAAAAAACAAUCUAGAAAGUCCAAAUAUCCAAUAAAAUGUUUAUACAAAUGGAAA